AUGACUCGUCCAGCUUCACUCAGCAGGAGAUUCACGCUGUCAUCAAGAGAUGAUGCCGACUCUUCUCUGUCGCAUCUGGGUUCUAGCCGCCUCUCCUCUCAUCGCCGAAGCCAUACUGGCGUGGAAGCCCGUCAUCGUGCUGAGGAGAAGUUGGAGCGACCUUGCUCGGAGUUCCAGCUUCACAGCAUCAGCAGCAACCUCUACGCUGGCGACUUACACGACACAAUGCUGCUGGGAGAGGGACUUCGUGCUCGUCGAGCCAGAGAUGACGUGGCAGCUCUAGUAGAUUUUCUGAAGAAUCAUCCGCCGCCGCCUGAUAACUUCAUGUCGAUACCAUACGGAGAUGAGGGACAUGGCCGCGGAAGAUGGUCCAAAAUCAAGAAAAUAGGAAGAAGGAGCAAAUCCAUGCCCAAGCAACCACAAAACAUCCAACUGCCAGACUCGGCAGUGGCAGGCAUCACCACUGGAGGGCAUAGGCACAUUGCCAUUUCGAUUCCAAUUGAGGCAAUUCCGUAUGGGUUUGAGAUACGGUCCCAGUAUCCUGUCUUCACCCACGACACACAAAUUGGAACACCAAGCAAAGGACCGAUCAGAACGUUCAGGAAUGAAAAGGGCGUUGUUACCGUUUUGCGGCCCGUGACGGAGGUAUAUGAGUCAGAUGCUGGUUCGGUUGCUACUAAAUCUCGAUCGCCAUAUUUGAACUCCCAGGGACACCGCCCUCCUCUGUUACCGCCACACAAGCCAACGAACAGCUUAACGGGCCAAGUCCAUGAUUAUAUUGGCAUUUUGCCAACAAAGUUUGACACGCCACUACUUCAUGACAGCUCGGCACCAUGGCAUAUCUUGCGAAGUCCAUCGAGAGAUGACGGCUCGGUAGGCGAACAAAAUCCGGCGGUGUUUCGGCGGUCUGCGUACCCUGCACGAGCUUCUAGUAUGGUUUCCAAUAGGUCUGUGAGACACCCACCGUCUAUUGACGGCUUGAUAUCACCGCAGGACCAGGUUGCGGGAGCGAGCAAUGGUGCGCGGUCGAAACACUUGUCCAACUCGUUGACCCAGGCUCCGUUGCAGCGAGCACUUUCAACGAGCAACAACAACCACCCUGUGAACAGCAUCGAUGCUCACAGAUCAGAAUCCGGACCGUCGUACAUCAGAGACUUGAGUGCAGCACUAAGCCGGGACGAUAGCCAAAAUCGGAAUACUGCUUCGAAGACAGACGCUCCUGUUCUGUCACAUUCAGAGGACUAUCGACACGCAAGCUCAGGGUCAAGCUGGAACAGAAAGGAUAUUGUUAGAGAGAGAAAGCGGCGCGACAUUGAGGCGGCCAAGUGGAAUGCAAAAGUAAAAGAUCUGCUGGUAAAAGAUGCUUCCAAGGCGACACAGCGACCAUCAACUGCCCAACCAUCGUCACGACCAGCAGCAGCGGUUUCGGACGAGACGUCAAACGCUAUGCCGGGUCAUUCAACCUUAACAUUGAGUGAUCUCAUGGUGGUGAUGGAUGUCGAGCCGUCUUUUGCAGGCGAAAAGGGCGAGCCCGUCCGUCCCAAGACCGCGCCUGCAAAGAAGUCUUCAAAGGCGGACUUCGAAAUGCCUCUGCCCUCAACUACCGUCAACACACAAAGUAUUCUGACCCCGCCAGCCUCCACGUGUGGCUCGCCAUCACAACAACAUGGCGUGUCAGAUCGCACGUCCUUGACCCGUCGACGAGAAUGGAAGGCCAUCAGGGAACAGGAGCGCAGGGCGCGCGAUGCGAUGGCUAUGGCCAGAGCAAGGACACAACAGUUAGCUUCGGGUGGAGUGGCAUACGAGAACGGCUCGGUUUCUCAAGCAGACAAGGAGGUCAUGCGCUUAUACGAAGCGUACCGCGAGCAUCGGUUGCGAGACAUGGAGCGCCGGCUCCGUAGGUUGGAACGUAACGGCGACGUCUGGCUCCAGGCUUUAGACAACAUGAAUAAAACUAUGGCGUCUUCCAACAACUGGCCAUUUGAGGACAUUAGGGACUGGCCCGACUGGGCAUCCGAUGGCGAAACUUCAGGCACAGCAGAUAGGACGGACCGGGAAAUGGAAAAGACGCGACUAACACGGCGGCCCAGCUUGUCCCAAGCCGGACUCCUGGAGAAGUUGAAUAGGCAUGCGAAUAACGACGAUGCAUGGAGUGAUAGUGUGAGCAGGAGUGACGACGCAAGCGGGCUGGGGACGAUUGAGCCGUUGAUGAGGGAACUGGCUGGAGAGGCAAGGCGAUGGCAGGAAACGACGCAAUCGCCAGUCAUUACGAAGAGUGGACAAUUCCACGCCAUAUAA